AUGUCAUCUGCAGAUAACAAGAAACCAUUAGUCGUCAUUACUGGUGCCUCAUCUGGUAUCGGUGAAGCAGCUGCCAUAUCAUUUUCGGAAGCAGGUCAUCCUCUCUUGUUAAUUGCACGACGUCUGGAACGUUUAGAGCAGUUGAAAUUACCAAAUACAAUUUGUUCAAAAGUUGAUGUUACCGACUUGGAUCUAUUGAAAAAAUCGAUUAGUGAAGCCGAAUCAAAAUAUGGUCCAUGUGAUUGUUUAGUAAAUAAUGCUGGUGUAAUGUUAUUGGGUACAGCUGAUAAACAAGACCCGAAAGAAUGGCAACAAAUGGUUAAUGUUAACAUUAUGGGAGUAAUGAAUGGUAUACAUGUUGUUCUACCGGGAAUGAUUGAACGAAAACAAGGUACAAUAUUAAACAUAUCGUCAAUUGCUGGUCGUAAAACAUUUCCAAAUCAUUCGGUUUAUUGUGGAACAAAAUUUGGCGUUCACGCUCUUACUGAACAAAUUCGAGAAGAAGCAGCACCAUACAACGUUCGUUUAAUAACAAUUGCCCCGGGAGUAGUUGAAACAGAAUUAUUGGGUCAUACAACAUCGGACGAGAUCAAAAAUAACUACAAAGAAUGGAAAAAAACAGUGGGCAAAGUAUUGGAAUCCGAAGAUGUUGCAAGAUCAAUAUUAUUUGCCUAUCAACAGCCACCACAUGUUUGUAUUAGAGAAAUUGUUCUUUGUCCAACAAGACAAGACCGAUAA